CAUCACAAUGCAGUUCUCUCUGACCGCCGCUGUUCUCGCUCUCGCCACCACUGUGGCUGCCCUUCCUCCCGCUGAUGUUGGCGGAAAAGGCAUCGGCAACGGCGCUGGCAACAAGGGCAACGCCGAUGUCAAGUUCCCUGUCCCCGACGACAUCACCGUCAAGCAGGCUCAGGCCAAGUGUGGUGACCAGGCUGAGCUGUCUUGCUGCAACAAGGCCACCUACGCCGGUGACACCACCACCAUCGAUGACGGUCUCCUUGCUGGUGCUCUCAGCAACCUCAUCGGUGCUGGCUCUGGCGCUGAGGGUCUUGGUCUCUUCGACCAGUGCUCCAAGCUGCCUCUGCAGAUCCCCAUCUUGGCUAUCGGUCUCAACGACCUCAUCAACCAGCAGUGCAAGCAGAACAUCGCUUGCUGCCAGAACUCCCCCUCCUCUGCCGACGGAGACCUCAUUGGCCUGGGUCUUCCUUGCAUCGCCCUCGGCUCCAUCAUCUAAGCCUUGGGCUGCCGUAUUUGUUCUCUCAUUGGCCGCGGUGGAAACGUUAUGGAAAAGCAGGCGGUAUUCAGGUCUGGGGAGAAAUAGCAGGAGCGAAUUGGUUACUUGUUAGAUUAAGCACUCCUGUUGACAACUCUUGUGUAUGAUUACAUUGUGUCGUGUGGCACCCUCGGAGAAAGAAGACUGUUCGUUCUGGUUUCUUUCCAUUGUCUGGAGAAGACUUUUGCAUUCGGCUGUUCUAAGGACGGUAUUAGCAUAGCAUC